AGUAUUGCCGUGUCGUACCGCGGGGGACAUGGUGGGCUCUGGCGAGGCCGGGGGUGAGUCGUGGCGGGGCCGGUACUACCGGCUGGAGGAGGUGCAGAAGCACAACAACAGCCAGAGCACCUGGAUCAUCCUGCACCACCGCAUCUACGAUGUCACCAAGUUUCUGGACGAGCACCCGGGUGGUGAAGAGGUCCUCAGGGAGCAAGCUGGAGGAGAUGCUACUGAGAACUUUGAAGAUGUUGGCCAUUCUACAGAUGCAAGGACGCUGUCAGAAACCUUUAUUGUUGGGGAACUUCAUCCUGAUGACAGAGGGAAGCUUCAGAAACCAACAGAAACUCUUAUUACCACUGCUCAGUCUAAUUCCAGUUCAUGGUCCAACUGGGUGAUCCCGGCAAUAGCAGCAAUCAUUGUGGCCCUGAUGUAUCGUUCCUACAUGUCAGAGUAAGCGCCUUACUGAGAACUAAUGCAAGAAGAGACUGAUCUGGGAGAGAAUAUAAGCAAUCCUAAACCAGUAUGUUUCGGGACAAAAGCCUGAUGUCUGAAGGAAAAGUCAACUUUUUCAGAAAACUGAACAAUUCUUUCUGCAGUGCACUUUUCUUAAUGUUGCCUUCUUAUUUGCUGUUCUGAAGGGGUAAAAAGGCAGCAUUUCUCUUUUUGUGUAACAAUUUUAUUCUCUAACGAAUUAUUUGAUAACUGUAUUGAUUUCUGUGUUAGAAUAUUGUUUUGUAUGUAACGCUGAUUCUGGUUAUUUCUCUUUAAUCUGUAAUGGGGUCCAUAGGACUGUCUUUAGCUAUAAAUUUUACAGCUUUAAAUGACUACCAAAACUCUGUAUGUGUAUUUGUCCAUGUACACAACUUCACUUAACUUAAAAAAAAAAAAAAAUCAUGUUGUCUUCUUAGAUGUAGUAUGUUUAAAUGAAAUGCUAAUAAUGGAAAAAACUGAGUGGAAUAGUGGGUAUAGGUGCCUAUAAGAGGUUGGGCCCUACCAAUCAGGCUAUAAUGAGCUGAUUUUUUUUUUUUUUUGCUUUCCUCUUGACAUCUGUUCUUAUAGUUGUUGUAGAGAUUCCUACCAGCAAACUGUUCUGUUUGGCUCCCAUUGAAAAAUUCAGGCAGAAUAUGAAACCCAAUGUUUGACCCAAUUAUGUCGGUCUCAGUUUUGUGAGAAGUAGCACUUUUUUGCAAAAAAGGCAGAAAAAAGUGCUAUGUAACUUCCACUGCAGGUAAUGGAACUGCUACUAAAUAAUACUGUUCCUGCCAAGCACUCAGGUGACUCUAGAAUUUGUUCUGGAACUUUUAGACUUUUACAAAAGUCUUUGACUUUGUCACAUACAUUGUGAGGGGGGGAAAAACUGAUACAUGGAAUCUGUUUCUGACUGUUCUGUAGUGUACUCCUUGGUGCUUUAAUACAAAGAUACGACUUUUUUCACUGCUAAAUACAAGAUAACUGAAAGUUUGCAUUUUGUGGUGACCACUUUUAGUCAUAUAUAAAUGACCAUGAAUAAAAGUUUAAUUGCUUA